AUGCGCCUGCAGGACUGGGUGGCAGCCAUGUUGACUGGGCCAGCUUCUUUGAGCAAUGUGAUAUCCGCGGGCCGCGAGGACUUAGACAAGGCAUACGACUGGCCUGCGUCCCAAGAGGAGGCGAAGAUGCUCUUGGCAGGCAAAGCUCUCUCGUGCGAGGCAACGACCGAGAGGUUGGUGGAGGCCCUUGGCAGUGGGCGGACAGCCCUUCGCCCGGUGCACCUGGCAGUGUUUCUGGACCAGCUCUGGGCAUUGCAGCAAUUGCUCCAGGCUGGCGCCAAGAUGCAGGACUUCGAGACUGAGGUGGUUAUUUCGGCACUGCCGAAGUGGCCGUUGCAGAAAGCGGCCGAGCCUGCUUCCUUGCGUCAGAUCCUGGCAAUCGUCACACGGCUGGAGGCUCGAAUGGAGUACAUGGAAUCGGAAAUCCUCGGAUGA